ACAGUGGUACCGUAACUAACGUGAAGACUAAAUCCGUUAAUUAGCAAAAUUAUAAUUAUUGACUUUCUUGAUCACGCUUCAUUCCAGUUUAUUGUUCUGCUUUCACUGUUGGCAUCUGAAUUUGAGUGCUAACCAAAAUGUCUCAAUCGCACAUAGACCGCACAUGGUUUCGAGAGGUGAACACUGCGUGGGAUGGUUAUUCGGUAUCGCUUGGAAUCGAAGAGAUACUUUAUGAUGAAAAAUCGAAGUACCAAGAUAUUAUGGUUUUUAAGAGUACAUCGUUCGGGAAUGUACUGGUUUUGGAUGGUACAAUUCAGUGUACAGAGCGGGAUGAGUUCACAUACCAGGAAAUGAUCUCCCACCUGCCUUUAAAUAGCCAUCCAAAUCCGGUUAAGGUGUUGGUGAUUGGAGGGGGAGAUGGCGGAGUGGUGCGGGAGGUUCUCAAAUAUUCCAGUGUUGAAAACGUCACUCUGUGUGAAAUCGAUGAGAAAGUGAUUGAAGUGUCCAAGCAGUUUAUUCCAAGCAUGUCCAGCUGUCUCAGUGACCCACGAGUGACCAUUCACUGUGGAGAUGGUAUUUCUUACGUCACUGAACACACUGAAGAGUUUGACGUCAUCAUAACAGAUGCAUCAGAUCCUGUUGGUCCAGCAGAAGGUCUGUAUGAGCUAACAUUUUACGAGAAGUUAAAGAAUGCUCUCAGACCAGAUGGAGUUAUCUGUUGUCAAGGAGAGACGCCAUGGUUUGAUUUACCGCUGAUUAAGAAUGUCAUUGGUUACUGCAGGCAGUGUUUUCCCACUGUGGAAUACGCACUGGGCAACACACCAACAUACACCGGAGGAUCUAUUGGUUAUAUACUUUGUGGAACAAAUCCAGCCAGAGAUUUGAAAAUACCAAUACGUCACUUCAAUGAUGUAGAACUUGAUGCAAUGAAUAUAAAAUAUUACUCGCCAGAAAUCCACCAAUCGGCAUUUGUUUUGCCACGAUUUGUUAAGAAGGUGUUGACUGAAGAGGUGAAUAUAGUCAUCUAGCAUGACCAACUGUACUAUAGUUUUAUGAAAGACAGCCAGUUGCACCUUUCCGUAACGUACCGCAUUAUGGUGGUGUCAGUUUUACAGAGCAUGUCAUGUCUACAAUCAAACAUGGGGACCUCUUACUUUACUACAAAUCAUUUUUUAUUUCAAAGCAUUUAUUGGUUCUGUUAUACAAUUCUUACGGUUCAUUUCAAAUCAUUUAUUGUUGCUUGUUGAUUUUUGUCAUUUUAAAAUUCGGGUAAAUAGUUUAUUGUGUGAAUACUUAGCUUCACCACGGGGCUACGUCCCAAUCCUUAAACAGUACAGGGCAUUUGUCACGGUCAUGAAGGUUGAUUUAUAUUAAUAGCCAAAGGAGCUAAUUGCUAAUUUUAACAAACUUACAUUUGGCUAAUCACUUUUUUGAAAAUAUCAUUCACUACGGUACAUAUCAAUAACGUUUCAUAAUUAAACACUUCAGAUUUUAGCAAAUUGAUAAAAAAAAUAUAUAGAUACUCCCCGAGUUCAUAAAAGUGUGAAAUCUCAGGCUUGCCGAGGAUUUUUGUACUUUUUAUCAAUGGGUGCUGAUAAAUUACGAUAUCGCAAGACUCGAGGGGGGUAUUCUUUUUUAUCAUUUCUUUUCAUUUGCGACAAUUGUAAACAGUGUCAGUAAUGUGGGUUGAAUGUCACUAUAUUUGGCAGCGGUAGACUCGUUAACUAGCAGAACGACAGUGGCGUGAUGUCACUAAUGAUAGGUUUAGCGCUGAAACAUGCACAGUGACGUAACAAAAAAUUCGACAUAUCCUAGGAGAAUACCACAGGAGAUAUCGCAAAUUAUAGUGCCAAUAUUAUCUCCUACAAAAUCAUUUAAUGGUUGAUAAAGAGAGGUUAUUACCAGUGUUUUUCGGUAUCGUCAAUAUCAUAUAUUAGGAAUAAAAAUUGUAUUAUGCGAGCAUAAUACAUUAUUUUUAUUCC